AUGUUUAAUUCUCGUACACGUCUUAUUACACUGAAUACAUCAAAUAGUCCUCUUGGAAAAGUAUAUAUUGCAAGUAUAUGUAAAAAAUAUAAUGUUAUUUGUAUUUUCGAUGAAGUUUACGAAUGGAUAACAUCUGAUAAAAAUAAAAAACAUAUUCGUAUAGCAACAUUACCGAAUAUAUGGCAGAAAACAUUAACAAAUGGAAGUACGGGAAAAACAUUUUCAUCAACAGGUUUUAAAUUAGGUUGGACAAUUGGAUCAGAACAUCUUAUUCGUUCAUGUUAA